AUGGAGGGGACUGUGCUCUGCGUACUGCUUCUUCAAGGGCUUCUGGGCCUUGGAUGGGGAGAGAGUGAAGAACUUCGACUUUAUCAUCAUCUCUUCAGUAACUAUGAUGCUGGCAUGAGGCCAGUGAGGUGGCCAGAAGAGAAAGUCUCUGUUAAUUUAAAAGUCACCUUGACCAAUCUUAUCUCACUGAACGAGAAACAGGAGACUCUCACAACCAGUGUCUGGAUUGGAAUUGACUGGAAUGAUUAUCGACUCAACUACAGCAGUAAGGACUUUGGGGGAAUCACAACCCUGAGAGUUCCGGCUGACCUUGUGUGGCUCCCUGACAUUGGGCUGGAGAACAACAUAGAUGGAGUAUUCGAAGUGGCCUACGAGGCUAACGUGCUGGUAGGCGAGGGUGGCUUUGUGAGCUGGCUCCCCCCAGCCAUCUACCGAAGCACCUGCGCAGUGGAGGUCACCUAUUUCCCCUUUGACUGGCAGAACUGCUCGCUCAUUUUUCGGUCUCAGACGUACAGCUCGGCAGAGGUGGUUUUCGUCUUCUCAGAGGAGUCUGGUCAGAUUGUAAACAAAAUCCAGAUUGAUGAGGAGGCCUAUACAGAGAAUGGCGAGUGGGCUAUCGAUUUCUGUUCUGGGCAAAUCUGGUACCACGAAGACCGCUCCGUGGAUGCCCCUGGGAACAUGGAAAUCGUCUAUACACUUAUUAUCCGAAGGAAGCCCCUUUUCUACAUCAUCAAUAUCAUUGUGCCCUGUGUUCUCAUCUCAAGCCUCGUACUGCUAGUCUACUUCCUGCCGGCUCAGGCGGGCGGGCAGAAGUGCACAGUCUCCAUCUCGGUCCUCCUGGCCCAGACUGUUUUCCUGUUCCUCGUGGCGACGAAAAUCCCCGAGACUUCUUUGAGCGUCCCCCUUUUGGGGAGAUAUCUCAUUUUCGUCAUGGUGGUAGCCGCACUGAUUGUCAUGAAUUGCGUCAUCGUGCUCAACGUAUCCUUAAGGACGCCAAACACUCACGUUAUGUCCCCUCGGUUACGUUACGUUUUCUUAGAGCUGUUGCCAGGGCUUUUGGGUUCCAUGCCAUCUCCACCGGCGCCGGGAGCUGGUUCUUCCCAACGUAGGGCUUCCUCCCUGAGAAUUUUGCUCCGUGCGGAGGAACUGAUCCUGAGGAAGCCCCGGAGUGAGCUGCUGUUUGAGGGGCAGAGACAUCGGCAUGGGCCAGGGCCAGCUGCUUCCACUGCCGCACUGUGUCAGAGUCUGGGAACUGCUGCAUCAGAGAUUCGUUGCUGUGUAGACGCGGUGAACUUCUUGGCAGAAAGCAUGCGGGAACAGGAAGACUCUGGAGAGGAAGUUUCCAGCUGGGUCCUCGUGGGAAAGGCCUUGGACAACGUCUGCUUUUGGGCAGCCUUGGUGCUCUUUGGCUUUGGCACAGGCAUCAUCUUCCUUGGAGGUUACCUGAACCGAGUACCCGAUCUGCCCUUUCCCCCUUGUAUGUAGACUGUCCUUUGGACCAGGACACCUGUAAUCCAGGAGUCCACUCCAUCUUGACUCUUCUUGGCUAGUCCCAUCCUGAGAGCAAAUCUUCAGUGACCAGUCACUAAGGCCCAAGUGGAAAGGAGAACUCCCCAUUUCCCUUCCCAGGCAUCUCCCCCUUUUAACACUAUAAUAAUAGUAACAGCUAGUACUUAUGUAGUGUUUUAAUGUUUGCCAAGCACUUUACAUGUCAGCUUAUUUGAUCCUCAUGACAACCUUAUGAAAGAGGGAUUUAUCU